UUAUGGAAGUAAUCUUGGUUUAGUCUAGGCGAUAGGUAUUAGGUACAUCAUCUCGAUUUGGUCCACCCAAUCAUUACAGUGUAUGUGUGCGCGUAACAAUCUCCAUCACCAUGAUAAGUUUUCAUUUCUUAUUGUGUGGUUAAAAUUUUUUGGAGUGGAUGAGAAAUGAUUAAUAAAUCUGGUUUAAUUUUGCAUGCCAAAUAUUUGUAUACGAGUAAAUGGAUUUUGGGAUAAUUUUGUUGGUUAUGAUUGAUUUCCUCGAAAGCUACAUAAGAUGGAAAACAUUGGCUAUGUUUGAAUCGAGGAAAUGGUAGACAAAUCGAAUGGUGCUGAUUCACAUGAGCUGGAAAAAUAAUAUAUUCCCGAGAAGUAUUAUAACAUUUCUUGUCAUUUUAAGUCCAAGUACACGUGAAUAAACCCAAUCCCAAACCCCCUAAACUUCUAUAUCAACCAAAGACGCCCUUUCUCGUUCUUUUGUUAUAGGCUUAUCCCGUUUCUUUCUCCUAAAAGCGUCCCUCUUUCUUUCUCCUCCUUUUGUAUGGCCUGAGCCUGAGUAUCACAUUUAGGAUUCACCGCUAAUACGACGUCGUAAGAUGUCUCGUUCCUGCUCUCAGUGCGGAAAUAAUGGCCACAACUCCCGCACCUGCACGGAGUCCGGUGGUGCCGGCGCUGCGGCCAACGACAUCAUGCUCUUCGGCGUCCGUAUCACGGAAGGCGCGUUUAGGAAGAGUGCUAGUAUGACUAAUCUCUCUCAAUACGAACAGCCUCAGGACUCCAACGCCGAUGCUGGCUAUGCCUCCGAUGACGUUGUUCACGCCUCCGCCAGGAGUCGUGAGCGCAAGAGAGGAGUCCCUUGGACUGAGGAAGAACACAGGCUUUUCUUGCUAGGUUUGCAGAAGGUAGGUAAAGGAGACUGGAGAGGAAUCUCUAGAAACUUCGUCAAGACACGGACUCCUACUCAGGUGGCUAGCCAUGCUCAGAAGUACUUUCUCCGGCGGAACAAUCAUAAUAGGAGACGUCGUAGAUCUAGUCUCUUCGACAUCACCGCCGAUACGUUUAUGGGCUCUACAAUAUUGGAGGAAGAUCAGGUCCACCAAGAGACCGUCUCUCCGCCUCAGUUACAUUCACAUCUAAAUGGCAGUGCCGGAGGAUUUCCGGUACCAACAUUUCCGGUGACGAUGGCUCCGGUAGUUUUACCAGUGGCUAGCAAUGGCUCGAUGGAGAUUCUGACGCUAGGGCAAAGCAAUCAAGCAAAGGGGCCGACCAAGCUCAUCCGUCCCAUACCGAUUCUUCCAGUUCCACCAUCUUCAAAAAUGGCAGAUCUGAAUUUGAACAUUCCAUCCACGGCGGAUCCCUUGCCUCUGUCACUGAAGCCGUCCUCGUCAACCUCCACAAGUCCGCAGUCACCUACGGCGACGAGGCACUCCUCAGCUUUUCAGGCUAUGUCGGAGAGCUUCAACAGUAGUACUGGCGACAACAUCAUUAGUGUCGCGUAAAGGAUAUGAUCGUGUAUGUAAAGCUAGCUUCAAGGUUAUGCUGGCUACUUGGCAUUAGAUUGAAUAGAUGGGAUUGGACGCUCAAAACAAAAAGUAAAAAAAUAGGUGUUAGGUGAUUCCUUGUUUGUACAGAGUAGGGAGAUUUAAGAAAAAUGAUGCUCUAUCUUUUAGGUGUGGAGAUUCUUGUUUAUUUUGUGUGGAUCCUUUUGGGGUGGUGAAGUGAUAGGAGUACCAGGUACUCUCUGUCCUUGGAUCUGAUUGUUUGCUAGGAACUUCAACUAGGUAAAAGUAGGGGAAAAAUAUUCUGAACUUAGAUAUUCUCUUUAUGUGAUUUAUUUUUCUAUCUAUGUGGUGAAGUUUGGACUGGGUUUCUCA